GCAAGAGGGAGCUCUCUUUCUCGCUCUUCACGAAUGCACACAGACACACAGAGCCGCCAUGAACGUCCCUGUAAGGCUUCUCCUUUGCGUCUCCCUCUUCUUCACCGCCUUCCCCCUGAAAUCAGCCGCUGCCACCGUCGUCAGCUUGGACGUGCACCCCAAAAUUUUAAAAAAGUCGGGCGAUUCAGUGAGGAUCGAGUGGAAUGGAAUCCCGACGCCGCAAUCCUUCGACUGGCUGGGAAUCUACAACCCCGCCACCUCCUCCGACGAGAACUUCAUUGGGUACGUCUAUCUUUCGACCUUCCCCACCUGGAAUUCCGGCUCAGCUUCGAUCGAUCUCCCCCUGCUGAACCUGAGAUCGACCUACCAAUUCCGGAUCUUCAGCUGGAACGAGAGCGAGAUCAGCAAUAACACGCGCCGCGACGACGACGAGAAUCCGCUGCCCGGCACCGCCCAUCUGCUGGCGACGAGCGAAGUGAUCUCCUUUGUGAACGACAAUGACCCGGCGCAGAUCCACCUCGCGUUCGGAUCGAGGGACGACGAGAUGCGGGUGCUGUUCAUCACGAGGGCCGGAAGGAGAAGCUUUGUGAGGUAUGGGCUGAAGAAGGAGGAGCAGACGGAGAUGGUGAAGGCUCGGGCAUCGACGUACUCGAGGUCGGAUAUGUGUGAUUCGCCGGCGAAUUCGGAGGCAGGCUGGAGGGAUCCGGGGUUCAUCCAUGAUGGGCUAAUGAAGAAUUUGAAGCCAGGGACGAGGUACUACUAUCAGGUUGGCAGCGACAAAGGAGGCUGGAGCUCCAUUUACAGUUUCAUUUCUAAAGACAACAAUUCCAAUGAAACAAAUGCUUUUCUUUUCGGCGACAUGGGGACUUCUCUUCCAUAUUUAACUUAUCUUCGCACUCAGGAGGAAAGCAAAUCCACUGUGAAGUGGAUCCUGCGGGACAUUGAAGAUCUUGAGGACAAGCCUGCUUUCAUCUCCCACAUCGGCGAUAUCAGUUAUGCCCGUGGUUAUGCUUGGAUAUGGGAUUCAUUCUUCACUCAGAUCGAACCCCUGGCCUCCAAAGUUCCAUAUCAUGUCUGCAUAGGCAACCAUGAGUAUGACUGGCCGUCUCAGCCAUGGCGGCCGUCGUGGUCCGCCACUGUAUAUGGGACGGACGGCGGCGGCGAGUGUGGAGUUCCUUACUCCUGGAAGUUUCACAUGCCUGGAAAUUCUUCUCUACCGACUGGGCAUGGAGACCAGGCCACCAGAAACCUGUACUACUCCAUUGAUGUUGGGGUGGUGCACUUCCUGUACAUAUCAACAGAGACCAACUUCUUUGAAGGAAGCGACCAGUAUGCUUUCAUCAAGAAUGAUCUGGAGUCUGUCAAUCGAGAGAAGACACCUUUUGUUGUGGUGCAAGGCCAUCGGCCUAUGUACACCACAAGCAGUCAACCCCGAGGUGCUCCAUUCAGAGCAACGCUUCUUGAGCACUUGGAGCCAUUGCUUGUGAGCAACAGAGUUGAUCUUGCACUCUGGGGACACGUUCACACCUAUGAGAGAUUCUGCCCUCUAAGAAAUUUCACCUGUGGUAGCCAAGAAAACAACACAGAUCCGCACUUCACUGUGCAUAUGGGAAUCGGCAUGGCUGGUCAUGAUAAUCAGGCUUCAUGGGAGGAGAGGUCUGAUCAUCCUGAACUUCCGAUCUUUCCGCAGCCGGAUCGAUCCUUGUACCGGAGUGCCGAAUUCGGCUAUGUUAGGCUUCAUGCAACAAAAGAGAAGAUGACAGUUACCUAUGUUGGAAAUCAUGAUGGAAUGACUCAUGACAGUGUUGAUAUUUCAGCACAGAACAUUCAAGAGAUUACCGUUGUUCAUUCUGAUGCUACCGGCCGUGGCCAAAUUAGAGGUGGAAUUCUUGUGGCCGGUGGGGUUCUUGCAGGGCUUGUUAUAGGCUUCCUCGUGCAUGCCAAGAAGAGAGCAAAUCGCCAAAAGCACUGGACUGCCGUAAAUACUGAUGAUGAAUUAUAG